AUGACGACCAUGGAUUUGCGUGUCGGUAACAAGUACCGUAUCGGACGAAAGAUUGGAAGUGGCAGCUUUGGAGAUAUCUAUUUGGGCACGAACAUCAUCUCUGGAGAAGAGAUUGCCAUCAAGCUCGAAUCCGUCAAGGCCAAACACCCCCAGCUCGAGUACGAAGCUCGUGUCUACAAGUCUCUUGCUGGCGGUGUUGGAAUCCCCUUUGUCCGCUGGUUCGGUACGGAAUGUGACUACAACGCCAUGGUUCUCGACCUCCUUGGCCCCAGCUUGGAGGAUUUGUUCAACUUCUGCAACCGAAAGUUCUCACUGAAGACUGUCCUCCUCCUGGCCGACCAGCUCAUCUCCCGCAUCGAAUACAUUCACGCCAAGUCAUUCAUCCAUCGCGAUAUCAAGCCUGACAACUUCCUCAUGGGCAUCGGCAAGCGAGGCAAUCAGGUCAAUGUCAUCGAUUUCGGUCUGGCCAAGAAAUACCGUGACCCCAAGACCCAUUUCCACAUUCCAUACCGUGAGAACAAGAACUUGACCGGAACCGCUCGAUAUGCAUCGAUCAACACUCACUUGGGGGUGGAACAAUCUCGCCGUGACGACAUGGAGUCCUUGGGCUACGUGAUGCUCUACUUCUGCCGCGGCUCUCUUCCAUGGCAAGGCCUUAAGGCUGCCACCAAAAAGCAGAAGUACGACCGCAUCAUGGAGAAGAAGAUGACCACCCCUACCGAGGUUCUCUGCCGUGGCUUCCCCAACGAGUUUGCCAUCUAUCUCAACUACACUCGGUCCCUUCGCUUCGACGACAAGCCUGACUACUCGUACUUGCGAAAGAUCUUCCGCGACUUGUUCGUCCGAGAGUCCUUCCAGUAUGACUACGUGUUCGACUGGACGGUCUACAAAUACCAAAAGAACGCUCAGGCCAUUGCCCAAGCUGCAGGCAACCAGCCGACCCAGGAGGACGAGGAGAAGCCCCGGCGAGCACACAACGGCACCGCCGCCGCCACUGGAGUGCCCACCCCUCAACACAACUCCGCCGCCGGUAAACCAGCCGCCAUCUCGAGCUCUCGACGCAAGGUCAUUGAACGAGGCGCGAGCGGCAACGACCAAGGAGGAAGUGACAGGAUGUGA